CCGUGGGACCACAGCAACGGCCCCUUUGUCCCUCUGCAACUGGUUCGCAGCUAUAGGCAGCCAGCUACCACCCCACAGCCCCCCGUCCCGUCGACACGCCACGGCAUCCACCACAUCACCAGAUCCGCCGCCCGCGCAGAGGACCAGAGGAAUUUCGUCGCGAUGGGGGCGGUGGUGACGGCGGUGAUCGCGAUCGCGGCGGUGGUGCUCGGCUGGAUCACCAUCGAGAUGGCCUGCAAGCCCUGCCUCGAGACCGGCCGCCGCGCCAUGGACCGCGCGCUCGACCCCAACUACGACCCGGACUCCCCCACCAACGCCAACGCCAACGCCACCGCCACCACCGGCGGCGCCGCCUCCGCCACCGAGCCGCUCCUCGCCGACCUCUCCGCCUCCACCGCGCCACCCGCCAAGGCCAUCUAAAUCUCCUCCCAGAGGCAGGCGGAGCCAGGCCGGGCCGGCGAUGCAGUAGUAGGCUUGCUUCCCUCCCCUCGCAUUGUAAUGCUGUUUCUUUCUAGAAUGUCCGUCUGUGCUUAUGAGUUGUGACUUAUGAGUUUGUUAUAAGCGACAACUGCUAGAAAUAUAUAAACUGCUGUCAAACGGGAUCGAUACCCUCA